AUGGCGUUCGCGGCCCUUGGACUUGUAUUGAGGACUCACCUGAUACUUCCUCGCCCUCUGGUGUUCUGUGCUCAAAAGGCUUACAUAGUGGGGGAGCAUGGUGACAGCUCGGUGGCGCUGUGGUCAAGCAUCAGUGUAGGCGGCGUGCCAAUACUGAGCUUCCUGGAGAAGCAACAAAUCGCGUACGAAAAGGAAACCUUAGAGAACAUUCACAAAGCAGUCAUCGAUAGUGCUUAUGAAGUGAUAAGCCUCAAGGGCUACACAUCGUGGGCCAUUGGGUACUCUGUAGCUAGCCUGGCUCGAGACCUGCUUCGAGACCAGCGGAAGAUCCACCCGGUCUCGGUCCUUGCAAGCGGGUUCCAUGGCAUUGAUGGUGGUGACGUGUUCUUGAGCUUGCCGGCCCAGCUCGGUCGUGGUGGGGUCUUGGGUGUCACCAAUGUGCAUCUGACGGAAGAGGAGGCGCAACGGCUGAGGAAAUCGGCUCAGACCAUCCUGGAGGUGCAGAACCAGUUGGAAAUAUGAGCUUAGGAUUUAGCUAGUGCUUCAUACUAUAUGCACUUGACAAUAUGAGCACUUGGGACGCUUUUAUUUUGUAUGGGCUAGUUUACCUGUAUGUUUCCUUUUACUUUUUGCUUUUUUUUAAUAUAUAAGAUUAU